AUGCAGAGUCUCAGGGCCCUGCUUCUACUGCUGACCGCCUGCCUGGCAGUUAGUGCUGGCCCCGUGCCCACGUCGCCCGACGACAUCCAAGUGCAGGAGAAUUUCGACGUCUCCAGGAUCUAUGGCAAAUGGUACCACGUGGCCAUCGGUUCUAACUGCCCGUGGCUGAAGAGGUUCAUGGACCGGUUGACCGUGAGCACCCUGGUGCUGGGAGAGGGUGCCACAGAGAGAGAGAUCAGCAUGACAAGCACUCGUUGGCGCAAAGGUGUCUGUGAGGAGAUCUCUGGGGCUUAUGAGAAGACAGACACCGACGGGAAGUUCCGGUAUCACAAAGGCAAAGCCAAAUGGAACAUCACCAUGGAGUCCUAUGUGGUCCACACCAAUUAUGAUGAAUAUGCCAUUUUACUGACAAAGAAGUUCAGCCGCCGCCAUGGAACUACCAUUACCGUCAAGCUCUAUGGGCGGCAGCCGCAGCUUCGGGAAAGCCUUUUGGAGGAGUUCAGGCAAGUAGCCCAGGGCGUGGGCAUCCCCGAGGACUCCAUCUUCACCAUGGCCAACAGAGGUGAGUGUGUCCCUGGGGAGCAGGAUGAAGAGUCCUCUCAACUCUCAAGAGCCCGCCGGGCUGUGCUUCCUGAGGAAGAUGGAGGAUCAGGGGCUGGGCAACCAGUAACUGACUUCAGGAAGAAAGAAGAAUCCUGCCAGCUGGAGCGUGCGCAAGGUCCCUGCCUGGGGCUGAUGAAGAGGUAUUUCUACAACGGCACAUCCAUGGCCUGUGAGACCUUCCAUUACGGUGGCUGCCUGGGCAAUGGCAACAACUUCGUUUCUGAGAAGGAGUGUCUACAGACCUGCCGCACCGUGGCUGCCUGCAAUCUCCCCAUAGUCAUCGGCCCCUGCAAAGCCUCAUUCGAGCUCUGGGCAUUUGAUGCUGCCCAGGGCAAGUGCGUCCAGUUCAACUACGGGGGCUGCAAUGGCAACGGCAACCAGUUCUACUCAGAGAAGGAGUGCAAAGAGUACUGUGGAGUCCCUGGCGAAGGGGAUGAGGAGCUGCUGCGCGUGUCCAACUGACCCGUCCACAGGCCUCGGGGAGGCAGGAGGCCCUGGGCCAAGUGAGCUGGAUUCAAUUAAAGCCAAACUGUCGACU